AUGUACCCCUGCCUGAAGAGCCACAAAUACUCGCUGCUCCAUAAUUCCUAUCGCGCUGUCUUUACUACACUCAGAGUGAAGAUUGCAAUAGAUGUGCUGGGGUCUCUGGUCACCCUCUCGUGCCUUUCUCACCGGGUCGUGUGCCGAGUGAUUGGUGAUGCUGACCCAGCUGACUCUGUCCAGGACAAUGGGACUUUGGAUAACUUCUGGAUAACUCGGCUGGAAAGCAGUUAUGGGUUCUACAUUGGCCUGGGCUUGGCUGUCUUCUCCAGCUUCCUCAUCGGAAGCAGCAUCAUCCUCAAGAAGAAGGGGCUGCUACGGCUGGUGGAGAAGGGAGGCACCAGAGCAGGAGAUGGAGGCCAUGGCUACCUAAAGGACUGGCUCUGGUGGGCUGGCUUGUUAACCAUGGGUGGAGGAGAAGCUGCCAACUUUGCUGCCUAUGCCUUUGCUCCUGCAACUAUUGUCACGCCACUGGGGGCUCUCAGCGUGCUCAUAAGUGCCAUCCUGUCUUCGUAUUUGCUUGGAGAACGGCUCAAUCUGCUGGGAAAGCUGGGCUGCAUGCUGAGCCUCGUGGGCAGCACCGUGAUGGUGAUACAUGCCCCAGAGGACGAGGAGGUGACCACUCUGGAUGAAAUGUCGUCUAAGCUGAAAGAGCCAGGUUUCCUCGCUUAUGCUGUGAUCCUCUUGGCUGUCUGCUUCCUCCUGAUCUUCUACCUCGCACCCCGCUAUGGCCAGAGCAACAUCCUCAUCUACCUCACCAUCUGCUCCGUUAUUGGUGCCUUCUCGGUGUCCUCAGUCAAGGGCCUGGGUAUUGCCAUCAAGGGCUUCUUUGCUGGCCGGCCUGUGCUGCAGCACCCAUUGACGUGGAUCCUACUCAUCACACUGGUGGCAUCCAUCACUACACAAAUCAACUACCUCAAUAAGUCUCUAGACAUUUUCAACACCUCUUUGGUGUUUCCCAUCUACUAUGUGCUGUUCACCACCAUCGUCAUCACAACUUCCAUCAUUCUCUUUAAGGAGUGGGUCACCAUGACUGUAGUGGACAUCAUUGGGACAGUUUGUGGCUUCCUCACCAUCAUUUUGGGGGUGUUUUUACUCCAUGCCUUCAAAGAUAUGGACGUCAGUUUAGGGAAUCUACCACAAGUCCUCCAGAGUGGCCAGCAAGCGCCAGUCACCCGAGAUGACAAGAACAUCCUGAUAGAGGUGGACAAUGCCAGCAUCGCCCCAGAGGAUAAACCCAAAGUAUUCACGAUCUACACCUAG